AUCAUGUUGUAUAUUAAUGAAAGCAAAUUUCAUUCUCAGCAGUUUACUAAAUAAGUUGUGUUUAUCUCUCCUUAAGAUACUGACAUGUGUGCUGGCAGCCGCUGCGGACGCCGCCCCUCAGGGAUAUAACCUAGCCAAGCCCUCUGGUCCAGCAUUUGGAGGUGGCGGAGGGUUUGGCGGUGGCGGAGGGUUUGGCGGUGGCGGAGGGUUUGGAGGUGGAAUAGGGAUUGGAGGUGGUGGAGGGAUUGGAGGUGGCAUAGGAAUUGGUGGUGGCGCUGGGAUUGGAGGUGGGGCAGGGAUUGGAGGUGGCGGUGUGUAUGGUGGCGGUUGUGGAGGCGGGCAGAUCCUCCAUGUUGACGGCAGCUGUGUGACUCCUGUGGUCACUCGCAAUCUCUAUGUGUACAAAGCUCCUCCAUUAUCCCCAAUCAUUGGCCCAAAGCCAUACAUUCCUCCACCAAGAAUUGAACACAAUAUCGUGUUCAUCCGGACCCCAGAAGUCGGAUUUGGUCAGGAACCCAUUGUUGUGCCACCACCCCAACAGAAGAACGUUGUGUACGUCCUCAACAAGCGACCCUUGCACGACCAGAAGGUCAUCCAUGUACCAGCGCCAGAGCAAACAAAUCCUGAAGUCUUCUUCGUUAACUAUGGUGAAGGCGAGAACCCGACUCUGCCCACUGGAGAGGACCUCCAGUCAGCCCUCAGCUCUGCCGCUCAAGGUGGCGGUAAUGUGAUUGGUGGCUUCGGCGGCGGCUUUGGUGGAGAUGGUGGCUUUGGAAGCGGCGGUGGCUUUGAUGGUGGAGCUGGCUUUGUGAGUGGCGGUGGCAGUUUUGGUGGCGGCGGUGGCAGCUUUGAUGGUGGAGCUGGCUUUGUGAGUGGCGGCGGUAGCUUUGGUGGCGGCGGUGUUUCAGGAGGCAUUGGCCACACCGUGUCUCAGCCGUCGUCGCUGUACUCAGCGCCAUAAUAUCAUAAUUAUUUAAUACCAACAAAAACUUUGUUUAUUUAUUGUAAUGUUAUUGUUGCUUUAAGAGUUACAUAUAUUUUAUCAUUUAUAUAUUGCAAUUAAUUUAAAAACUAUAUUGCAAGACAAUGGUAGAAAAUUAACUGUAAUUACGUUUUUUGUUAUAAAUUAAAUAUUUGUUGACAUUG